AUGAAAGGCGCGAACGGCGGGCACUGCGCUUGCGUGGGAACUCGAGGGCACGUCGCAACGUUGCCUGCGUAUGAGUUGCCGGUUGCCGAGCGCGGCGGGAUGCACGGAGUUGAAGAACGAGCCACGAGGAAGACCGCCCACACAGGUGAUUAUUCAGAUAAAUUAAGAGAGGUGGUGGAACAAGAUCCUAGUCAAACUACUCAGCAAUUAGCGGCAUGGUUUAACGUUACCUUACCCACAAUAUUGACUCAUUUGCGUCAAAUCAAUAAAAUGAAAAAAUACGAAAAAUCGGUGCUUAAUGACUUGACUGGUCUGCAGAAAGAAACGCGUGUUGAAUCUUGUGUUGCCUUUUUGAAUCGGUAUAGAAAUGAAGGAAUAUUGGAUCGAAUUGUGACAUGCAAGGUGGAUUGGGUGCAAUGCGACGGUGGCUGCGACCAGUGGUUCCACAUGCACUGCGUGGGACUCAAGCGGGACGCACUGCAGGAUGACGACGACUACGUGUGCGGGUCCUGCGCCUCCAAACCAUCCCAGCCGCCGCCACACCGUUGACACAAAGAGGUAUUAUAUGCCCGUAUAUCUAUAUAUAUAAAAAAAAACGCCAUGUUCUAUAAAUUUUGAAAUUAGGGUAUUGUACUUUGAUGUAUUUUAAUUUAAAUAAGUUACAUAAUACGCACAAAAUUUAAACUUUUUAAUACCAAUGAAAACGCUGGCCGCCACAUUCAUGACGUUAUUUGGGCGCAUAGAGUAUAUUUAAAUAUAGUAAAUAGAAAAGCACACUGCUUUUUAAUGAUUUUGCUACAAAAUAAAAAGAAUAAAUAAGGUAAGAACAGCGACAUCUAGGAUCUGCCUCAUAAUAAAUAGGCUGCUGUUUAUGACUAAUAUGACAUGCAAAAAUUUUCUACCGAAGUCACGUCAUAAUAUGGAGGGUUGGGUGUUAAUUCACGUGAAAACACAAAAAACUAAUUUUAAUUUGAAGAAAAUCAUGCGAUUUUAUGACUUAUUUUUAAGUAACUAAAACUUUACUAAACCACACUAAUAUAUUUUGCUUUCAUACAAAAACAAAAUUUCAUUAAAUGUCUCUUCUCUACAGAGAAUAAUUUACCGAUGUUACUUACAAACAUUAAAUAAUUUAAUUGUUCCUCACCAGCCAGACCAUUAGCUACGUGUGUUGCCAGUGGACAUUGUCUUCGACGAUGUCUCGUCCGUCGCCAGUGAAUACUGUGAUACAGUGACUGAGAAGUAAACAAACAAAACUGUGUGUUAAUAUGACUAUUCCGGGACACUUAAUGGGAUUUUUAAUAAGUGCGCGUUCAUGAAAUGAGUAAAAGUGUGCUGAUUCAUCAAUAAGAUUUGAUGGAGUUUUAAUCAAGUGAUCUUUAAACAAAAGUGUCUAAUAAUAAAUAGACGAGCUCGCCGAAGAAUAAAUUUCAAACUAGAUAACAUUCGUCAGAAAGGUGAUAAUGUUAGGUUUGUUUUUUUGUAUCUGUAAAUGAAUUAAUUUCGUUUUUGGUAAGAGCAGAUUGAAUUAUAUCGAUGAAUCAAUUUUUGCGAAAUUCUAAAUCAUAAAGAUUUUAACUUGUUAAUGUUCAUGGUAUUACUUGUCGAUGAGAAAGUUAUUUUUGAAGAUAACAGCCACAGAAUGUAUAUAAUAGAAAGUGUCUGCAGAACUAAUUACACCCAGAUGAAAGUAAGCAUUUUAUUAUAUGCAGUAGCUUUUAAAGCCGGGAAUCGAACUCAUUCUAGUAGUUUAUUAAAAAUUAUAAUAAACAUUUUCAGUGUUGUGUUUCAGUGUUUAAAUUAGGAUUGUUAAAAAUAAAUCUUUGAUCCAACAAAUCGUUGACAUUAGAAACUCUUACGCAAUAAAUCUGAAACAAAAUGAAAUAAGAUAGUAGUUUAUCAGAUAUCUUACAAGGAUUUCUUCACGUACAAUUUCGAAGCUGACUGUCACUAACUCAUCAUUGUUAUAAAAUAAUUACAUUUUGUUUCUCAUAUGCCGCUCUGUUGUUUAUAAUUAUAAAAUACAGAAACAUAUUAACCAGAAAAACGCAAUGACGAAGUGCAAUAAAUAGAAAGUGGUAAAUACAUUUAUAUUCAUGUUGUAGUGUCCCCGAGCCCGAAAUAUCAAUAAUAUCCGUAUUUCUUUUUUGUUCUUAUGGUGUUGCUAGUGUAUGUAUACAAUUGUCUUUGUUUUUGAUGAAGUAACUGCAAACUUAAGAAAAUAUAUUCAAUUACCGAUUCAAUGUUCAGUAUAAUAUAUUAUGUGUCAAAUUGACUGCAUAUAUCCAAUAUAACUAGUUCACAAAAGACAUAUCUUUCAUCAAUAAAAAAUACAUGAUCCAUUUAAAUUUCUUUUGGAUAAUUUUAAAAUUCACUGUGUACAGUUAAGAACCCGUAUUGGUAAUAGUCGUCUUUUAGAUGCCAAUGAAAAUGUUUAUCUGCUCAUGUUUGAAAUUAUUGAAGAAUAUGAAUAAUGACAUUCGCUUUUGAAUUACAUCAGUAAGUUUUUGUAUGCAAUUUUCGCUUUUAUUGUUAAUAUGUGAGGGAUUGAUAUGUAGUAUUGUAAACAUAACAAUUAUGAUAUCAACAUUUUUGUUAGAUAGUGUUAAUGAUAGUUGUGAUCCAAGUUCGAUGGAACGAUAAUAUGAGAACCCAUAUUUUUUGUAAAUAUUUUUUGGAUGAGAAUUUUUCAAUAUUAAAAAUUUACUUAGAAGAAUUUUUUAAAAUGUAAUUAUAGAUAUUUCGAAUGAGAAAACCUGCGUGAGAAUGGAUUGUAAGUAUGUAGGCGUUAACAUAUUAAACAUUUUGUACCUUACUCGUAAGGUGUUAAGUAUUAUUUUGCACUGCGUUAAGAACAUUUGUAUUCGAGACUCGUGUCGUUUUUUAAACGCUUCUUCAAUGGUGAAGUGAUUUCCGAAGUUUUAUUUGUUUAGUUUAACUGUGUAUUUGAGCUUGAUGCAAUAACAAUUAUUACCACGGACGAAUUCAUGAGCAUCGCACUGCCCUUAAGUAAGGGCCCAGUAACACAUUUACACAGUCGCACAUCAGGCUAUCUAAAAAGUAUUUCAUUAUAUUCUGAACUCUACUAACUUCAGUUUGAAGUUUAAAAUCGAUUAGAGAAAUUGAUCAGUAUUGUAUAUCCUGAUGUGCUGUUGACUGUAUCCAAUAUAACGCACAAACAGCCGUGUUGAUGCGUGCCCUUCAAACUAUGUAAAGAUGAUCAGAUAUUUUGUUUUUUAAAUAAAAUCUGUAAAUAUUGUAGUUGUGAUUGUUUUCUUUGUACAUUUAGCGUCCCAUGUGUAUUUGCAUUGUUAAAUCUAAGGAGCUUCUUUUGACAGAACAGUGUCCGUUUAUUGUUGUUCGUGUAAUAUAAUUAUUAUUUGACAGUUAUAUAAUAGUGUAUAAUUAUUAUCAGUGAGUGGAAAUUUAUAUUACACGUCUACAGAUCACGGGGUGAACUCGGAAGUUUUUUUAUAUUUGCAUUUGAAUGAAGUUAUGUAGAAAGGGCUCAUCCACGUCAACAUUUAGUUUAUCCAGGUCAAGUCGUACCAUCUAUCUUCUACUUUUACCUUUGCCUCAGUGCGAAUGCAUUGCGUUCAACUAAGACGUCCUUUUCACAGAAGCAAUGAGUCGUCC